GCUGGCGUGCUCAGCUCAGCGAGGCGCCUGACCCUGCUGGGCUGGGGGUCUGGAAGGCUCCCUGGGUCCCUGGCGAAUCGUGGACGACUGCGGUGGAGCCUUUACAAUGGGAACCAUAGGUGGUGGUAUCUUUCAGGCAUUCAAAGGCUUUCGCAAUUCUCCGGUGGGAGUAAACCACAGACUACGAGGGAGUUUGACAGCUGUUAAAACAAGGGCCCCGCAGCUGGGAGGUAGUUUUGCAGUUUGGGGCGGUCUCUUCUCCAUGAUUGAUUGCAGCAUGGUUCAAGUCAGAGGGAAGGAAGACCCCUGGAACCCCAUCACCAGUGGUGCCCUGACCGGGGCCAUCCUGGCAGCCAGAAAUGGACCAGUGGCCAUGGCCGGGUCAGCCGUGAUGGGCGGCGUUCUCCUCGCUCUGAUCGAAGGAGCCGGCAUCCUGUUGACGAGAUUUGCCUCUGCGCAGUUCCCCAGUGGUCCUGUCUUUGCUGAAGACGCUGCCCAGGGGCCUGUAGCCCAGCUGCCGCCCUCGCCCUUCGGAGACCACCGGCAGUAUCAGUAGGACCUCGCUCCCGGGGCUCCUUCGUGGAGCGUGCGGCGGUUUCAGAAUGGACCUGGGGAGACCGAGCUGCAGUCUGUUUUAAGCCCCAGGUGGGAGAGCUGUGGCCACGGAGGCUCUGAAGAGACACCCAGCACCUUUUCUACUUAGAGGAGCACGGGCGGGGGUGGGAGCUGGAAGGAGAGCACACAUACUUACACUUGGAUUGCGCUUGUGAUCAGAGUGACAGCCUAGCGUCGUUCGUGGAAGCAUGGCGCGUGCCGAGAAGACGAGGGACCACACAGCAAACUGUCAUUCCGCGGGGCUUCUCUGCCUGGUCUUGCUCUCUUAGUCAAACAAUAAACAGCGCCUGGAGAUGGCUGGUUCUUUCAGGCUCAGCUGCGGAGCGCUCCCUCCAGCCCCGCAGACUGCCCGGGACGUGGGCCCCGCCGACGGCGGGUGGGCAGUGGUGGGGCGGCCUCUGCGGCUGCCACUACCAGGCGCUGCCAGGUACGCGUCCUCUUGGCUUUGGGUUUCAGGACAGCGCUCUUUACCUCCGGGAUGGCUGUGUCUUGACUCUGAACCCUCAGAAACCUGGCUGGAAAGAGCUUCCUUCCAGCGCACCCCGUUCUGUCUGGGAAGGAUCAAGGGGGCACAGCAGCACUGGGGGUGGUGUUCACUGCAUCCUGGGAAGGAACACAGGCUGUUUUUGAUGAGCUGCAAGUCCCCUGAAGCUGCUCUUCAUCCAGGGGGUAUUUGGGGUCUGGUUGAGCCUGGAAGACGAAUUGGCACUUCCGAAUGGGCCGUUUUGCUGAUUGUAUUGGGAGUGACCUGCAGCCUUCCAGAAGGCAGGCUGUUGUUACCCGCCCACCUGUGUGUGAGACGGAGAACCAAGGCCGCGUGGGUGGUGAGCGCACACUGACAUUCCACUCAACGCCAGACACGCAGUAAGCGUUUAAUUGCUAAUGCUGGGUUACUUUGUGUGGGGUAAAAUAUACAUAAAAUAAUACUUAAAAUUUUAACCA